AAACUGAAAGCAAAGCUCCUAAAACUACUAGGAGCGAACGCAAAGACCAACAGAGUCGAAAGGCAGUGCUACUCUGAUGCGAUGGCAGACGACUACCCCUUUGAGCUUUUUGUCGAAGGCAAUUUCGGUGGUGAAAAUUCAAGCCACAUAAGCAAUAAGCUUCAGAUUUACUUUCAAAGUAAGAAACGAGCCAACGGAGGCGACUGCUUUAUAGAAUAUAAAGUCGGAGAGAACUACGCAGUGGUGCGUUUUAAAAGUGAACAAAUAAGGCAACAGGUUCUCCAAAAAGAAAAUCAUGUACUGAUAAAAGGUGAUGAAAGUCUAACACUGACUGUCCGACUGCCAGAAGACCCAGAAAGUACCUCUUCAGAUUCUGAAAUAAAAGCCAGACUGCCUAAAAAAGAUGCAAAAUGUGUGGAUGAAGAGAGUAAUGCGCAAGAAGCUAGUCCUUUUCUGAAGAAGUUUAAAAAAGAUGAAAAUGAAGAAAUCCCACCAAGCACUUUGAUUUUCGUGGAAAAUAUUCCAACAAACAAAUCAACACAGCUUCUGGAAAUGCUGGUGGAAAAUAUUUCUGGUUUAUCAUUAGAAAAAGGAGACUUCAGUAUUGAAUUUGUUGACCUAGGGAAUGCUGUAGUAUCUUUCAACAACAGAAGAGAUGCAGAGGAUUUUCUUGCCAGAUGCUUUAACAACCGCACAUUCAAGCAAAACAAAAUGUGUGCAAGAUGUCUAGAUGUUACGAAGAGUAUAAUAAUUGAGAAUUUGCCAUCCACUGCCAAUGAUGACUGUCUUAAUCUAUACUUUGAACGAUAUGGAACCAUCCAGGACCUGUCACUCACAGAAGGGCAAGCCAUUAUCACUUUUGUCAACCAUAAUGUGUUUCAGACUGUUUUGAAGAAGACACACACAAUCUUUGAAACUGAAUUUAAAGUGUAUCCCUUUUACUACUCUAUAUCUGCAGCUUUGUAUGGAAAAGAUGGGCCACAAUUGAAGAUGCCUGAACCAAUUUUGAUAAAUAUUAAUUAUUAUAUUUGGCAGCUUUUAAAAGUAAAGAGACAAUACAUUGAAGACAUAAGUUUCAAAAUGAAUCAACAUUUUUGUCACUUGACUUGGCCAGAGCUAAGUGAAACAUAUCCUGCCGUGACAAUUACACCUACUGAAGAUUUAAUGAAACAAAAACCACUAAAGAAAUACAUUAAUGAAUGGAAAAACGAGGCCCCACUUGCUUUUUCAAAUGUUCUUUCUAUGUAUAAACAUUUUGAAUUUAAAUAUGAUUCAUCUGUGUUAAUAGAAGCCAAACAGGAAAUUGAAAAUGUUGUGAGAGAUAGGGUGUACUUGUUACCAUUUGCAAAUGUGGGCCGUGUUGUUAUAGUAGGGCCACAAAAAGACGUGGAUUUUAUGCAACAGCGGGUAAAAGAUGUUUAUGAAAGGACUGCAAAAAAAAUUGAAAGGGACCAGAAAACAAUCUUAGAACAAAUCACUGUGUCCUCACCAAUAUACUCUGUGCUGAAACGUGAUGGAUUUGAGCAUAAUGCUAUCACGGAGUACCCAGUGCUAAAACUCACUUAUAAUUCUGACCAGGGAAGGCUUGAACUGAUAGGUUUGGCAGAAGAGGUGUACCCUGUCAAAAGUCAGUUUUUACAAGGAUUAAUAGAUUUGAAACGCAAGCAAAUUAAACUUGAUGUACACCUGAUUCAUUUUCUUGCCAGUGUGGAUAAUGAAGAUGUAUCAAGCAGAAUAUUUGCCUCUAAACAGAUCAAUGCUAUAUAUGAAAUUGAAAAGAAUGUAAAAAAUGAGUUAACGCUCAUUGUUAGUAAAAACACAACUCUGGAUGAAGCAGAGAAACAAAUGACUAAAAUCCUGGGUGUUUGUUAUAUUGAGUUAAGAGAUCACAAAGUUACAGAAAAGCAAGAGUGGCUACAGUUGUUAAAGCAUUUAGAGAAGACUGUAAAUUCCACACAGAAAAGGAUAAUCAUAUUUCAGCAGAAAGCUCAAAUUGUUGUGUCUGGUUUUCAAGAAACAGUAAGUAGUGUAUGUGAGCAGCUUUCUGACUUCAUCAACAUAAAUACUAUUAUCUGUGAGAAAAUAUGCAUUAAUUCAGCUGCUACAGUGAAGUUUCUGAAAGAAAGGAAAAAUGGUUUCUUAAAAAAGAUGGGCAACAAUGAUGUGAAAAUUGAUUUUUCAAGUUUGAAGAGCCAGCCUGGAGUUACUUUAAAAGGUCCACGGCUACAGGUUUUAGAAAUUAAACAGUUAAUUGAAAAGGAAGUCCAGACUCUUUAUGCUGAUAUUUACAGGAUUAACAAACCAGGAGCAAAAAAACUGUUUAAAAUGCAAGAGGAUAUCUAUUGUUCUAUUGCUAAAGAAAAAUUUAGUUGUAUAGUGAUUCUUCAGGAUGAUGAAUUUAAAGCAGAAGUGUGGAACAGGACUGAUCAGAUUUUCUGCCAGGUGCUGCUUCCGGGUGGGCAAGAAGUGGCAGUUUGUAAGGCUGAUAUGUGCUCAUUCCCAACUGAUGUGGUUGUCAACACAUCUAAUGAAGAUCUGAAACACAUUGGUGGCCUUGCAGCAGCACUGCUACAAGCUGCAGGUCCUGACCUUCAAGAUCAGUGUGAUAAAUAUACACAAAAGAAUGGGAAGGUGAAAGUAGGUGAUGUAGUAAAGACGGCUGCAGGUAAUCUCCCUUGUAAAUAUGUGCUUCAUGCCGUAGGCCCAAGAUGGCACAGUAAAUCUGAAUCUGAACCUGUUUUGAAGAAUGUGGUAAUGAAGACUUUGAAGUCUGCAGAGGACCUCGGCUGCAAAUCUAUUGCUAUUCCAGCAAUCAGUUCAGGAAUAUUUGGUUACCCAUUGGACUUGUGUGCAGAGACAAUUGUAAAUUCUAUUCGAGAAUACUACAAAAAUUCCCAUGAAGGAAGUAGCUUAAGGAAGGUUAAUCUGGUUGACAAUGAUGACAAAACAGUCCAAGCUAUAUCUGAAGCAGUCCAGCGAAUAUUUGCCAAUGAGAAAGUGACUUUAAAAGCCCCACAGGUGAAAGCUGCUUGUAAAAGUAUGAUGGUGAUGAAAAAGGGAAUGGAUUCAUUUCAGACACAAGAAGGUGUGACCAUUCGCUUGGAGAAAGGAAACAUUCAGGAUGCAUCUACUGAUGUCAUAGUUAACACCAUCCCUAGCGACCUAAACCUUAACAGUGGUGCAGUUUCAAAGGCAAUUUUAGCGGUAGCUGGUUCAGAGCUCCAAACUCUGAUUAAUGGAGAGGCGCAAAAUUCAACAGUAGCUGCUGGGAGUGUGUUAAGAACCCAGGGAUGUAAUCUGAAAUGUAGCUUUGUUUUGCAUGCAGUUGCUCCUCAUUGGUCUUCAGGAAACGAAUUAGCUACACAGCUUUUAAAACAAGUUAUUCGGACUUGCCUCAGUGAAACUGAAAAGUUGCAGAAGACAUCUAUAGCCUUCCCAGCCAUCGGAACAGGCAAUCUAGGCUUUCCUAAAGCAUUAGUGGCCUCCUUAAUGUUUGACGAGGUGGUGUCAUUUAGCAGUAAAAAACCAGAGAAUCUGAAAGAAAUUGUUUUUCUGUUGCACCCUAGUGAUGCACAGACAGUACAGGCAUUUUUUGAACAAUUUAAAGUUAAAUGUUCAGGGAAUUCGUUGGAAGAAAAUCCAGUUGUGACAACCUCUUCUACUAUGUCUCCAGAAAAAGGAACAGGUUCUGGUAAAAUUUCCUCACCAAGCAAAAAUGUUUAUGAAAUGUCUAUUGGUGGUGUUAGACUAUGUAUUGGCCCAGGAGAUAUUGUAAAGGAGAAAACAGAUGUGAUUGUAAAUUCCACAAAUGAGAACUUCACUCUAAAAAUAGGUGUGUCCAAGGCAAUUUUAGAUGCAGCUGGCCAAGAAGUUGAAACAGAGUGUGCUCAGUUAGCUGCACAGCCUCAUAAUGGGUUAAUAAUGACUAAAGCUGGAAAUUUGGCAAAUAAAAGCAUUAUUCAUAUUGUUGGAACAACUAAUCCUCAGGAAAUUAAGAAGAUUGUAAGAAUAAUUCUUGAUCGAUGUGAACAGUCAAAAUUCUCAUCAGUUGCAUUUCCAGCCCUUGGGACAGGGCAAGGAAAGGUAGAUCCUUCAGCUGUUGCAGAUGCCAUGAUUGAUGCCGUUGUUGAGUUUGCAAAUCAGAAAAAAAAGGGUAUGACUGUAAAUGAAGUGAAAAUAGUUAUUUUUCAAUCACAGAUGGUGACUGAAUUCCACAAAAGUAUGCAAAGAAGUGGAGAUACAACAACAGCAAAAGAAGAAUCUCUUUCAUCCCGAAUACAGAAAAUUGCUUUUAAUUCACCAUGCAAGAAAGAAAAGCCUAAAGAAGAAAUAAGUUUUAAUGAAGCAGAACCUGAACCAGCAGUUUUUCAGUUAUGUGGAGAAUCCAAACAAUGUGUCGAGAAUACCAAGUCAUGGAUAGAAAAUCAAGUAGAUCAGGAGCUACAUGAGAAAAUCAUUGAAGAUGAUAUCAUCUCCAAAUUUGGUGAAAGUGAAUUUGAACAAUUAAGAAGACUUCAGAAAGAACUUGAGAUUAGUGUGAAAGUUAAGUGUGAUAGCACAAAGGCUACCAUUACUGUGGCUGGACAUAUAAAAGAUGUGCUAACAGCACUUACAUCAAUUCAGGACGUGAUGAAAGAAAUCAGAAGUACGGAACAGCUGAAAUGGGAGGCUGAAUUAACCAGCAAUUUGGUAGAGUGGCAGUAUGAGGAUAAAGGCCAAUUUAUACCAUUUGACAGCAUGACUAACCGCAGUCUAGAGCAAGCGUCUGUAGAUAAAAACACCAAAAUAAAAGUGAACUUGUUACAACAAGAGUUUUCUGUAUCUGUGCAAAAUUGUCUUGCAAUAAACAGCAAAGGUGUUCAAGUCAAAAUCAAAAGAGUUGAUCGAAUCAGAGGCACAAUACUUCCAGACAACUGGGACGAUAUGACUGGAGUAAAAGGAGUCCUGUGUGUAAAACUGGAGUCAAAAUUGAAAGAAUAUCGGAAUGUAGAAGCUUUAUUUAAAAAGACCUGCAACAAUAAAAUUCUAAAGAUUGAAAGAAUCCAGAAUUCAUGCCUAUGGAAUAAUUAUCAGAUUAGAAAGAAGGCCUUUGAUGAAAAAAAUGUUGGAGUUGCAAAUGAGAAGUUGUUGUUUCAUGGAACAUCUGCCUGUACCAUACAGACAAUUAACAAUCAUGGAUUUAACCGAAGCUUUGCUGGAAAAAAUGCUGCAGCUUUUGGAAAUGGGACAUAUUUUGCAGUUGAUGCAUCAUACUCUGCAAGCCAUACAUACUCAGUACCUGAUGCCAGUGGAAACAAGCAUAUGUACCUUUGUCGGGUGCUCACUGGUGUGUUCACUAAAGGACAUGGUGGGUUAGUUGUCCCACCAGCCAAGAGCAAUGAUCCAAGCGACUUGUAUGACAGUGUGACAGACAAUGUUGCACUCCCAGGAAUGUUUGUCAUAUUCCAUGAUGUACAAGCCUAUCCAGAGUAUUUAAUUACUUUUAAGUGAUUUUUAUUUUUUGGCUGUUCGAGAACUCAGACAUGUUAACUAAUAUUUAUAUACAUAUCUAGCAGAAAUUAAACAAAUUUGAUAAAAAUGGGUUAGCUUAUGGUUUACAAUCAGCACUUUCUAUAUUGACUUUGAUACAAAUAGGUAAAAUAUUUGGUUUAUACAUGGGUGCCUUUUAAAGAAAAUAUUGUUGCAUGUUUCUUUAAACAAUAAAUGGUACACUUGCACAUUUAUAGUAUCAGUGCUCCUCACUAUGAUUAGAAGCGUACAUUAUAUUUAACUGUAAAUUUAAAGGAACAUGCAAUGUAUAUGUUAGAUUUUGGCCAAAUAUGAAUCAUCAUGUUUACAUGCUACAGGCUGUACUGAAAAUAAAUGAGUAUCUUUACAUGAGCAUUUGAACACGAUAUAAUCACAAGGAACUUAGUGACUACUUAGAUUUCCUCUGGUAGAACAUUUUUAUGGCUUGAAAAUGGCAUUACCAAACAGAGCAUUUUGUUUUUCUUUUGCAUUCUGUAAAUAAUGCCCAUGUUUACAUUUGAAAAUGAAAAUGUUCAAGUUUGAAAUUUUCUGUUUUAUAUUUGGUUUCAAGGUUACAUUUAUACUUUGUAGUUUUUCCAGUCUACAAGCAACAAAAUUGAAGAAUGUGUGAAGAAAUUGAAGAACUGCAUAAUUCGAGGGGGAACAGUUGCAGUUGAAAAGAAAAUGUUUGCACCUUAUCCUGUUUUUCUGCAAUACUGUCUUUAAAAAGUUUUCAACUGUGUUUUUUUGGUAAAUCUUUAAAAAGGUGUAUAAAGGCUAUUUAUACUAAAAAGGUUGUCGUUAUCUGAACAGCUUGUAUACUGCAGUUGUCUUAAGUCACACUUGGGAACAGCAUGGUACUAAUGUGGAAUAUGCAAAAAUGAUUAAUAUUGUCAUCUCUUUAAAAUAGUUACAUUCCUAAUAAAUUGUUUUCUGGCACUUUAA